AUGACGAUGACUCUCAACAUCCAGCUAUCCACGCUCGGCGUGUUCUUGCCCGAGCGCUGCCUCUCAGCAUUGCAGGACCUGUACCUUAGCGCUGGCAAAUCGGUGGCAGACGUCCCCAACGGUACCACCUGGACCUUCGGUCACGCCGGAUCCCCGACCAAGGCCGUCCUCAUGGAUGGGGACCACCCCUACUCCAUCCGCGUUAUCGGCGUGAUGCGUGAAUGCUGCUUCGACAACAUCUACCCCCACUUCACUAUCAUGCCCCUCUUCGAGCGCGAUGCAAACGUCUUCAGCGCCAUAUUCAGCGAUCCAACCGCCCAAGAUUGGGAGAUCGAACCUGAUGGACAUCGCCCUGACGUUCCACUUUCCCUCAAUGACGACCUAGAGAGUAUCCGGGUCACCGACAGCACCGACUUACGGUUCGCCAACGGCCGUGGGCGUCCCAUCAUUCCCCGUACCAUCUUGAAGUGCAACGACGUUGUAGUAGCGUUCGUGAACGUCGUCCUCAACGCCCACCUCUUCUCCACCCCCUCUUACUCUUUCGUCGUACGCCACCUCACCUUAGUACACUCCUCCACCGACCGGGAAGCUGGUACCCUGUAG